GCCUCUUCUAGCCAUUCUCUCCCAAGCAAUGGUAUCACUUGACCCUAUUACUGUAGAUGUCUAUAUUCUACCGGCGCCGUAAGGAGUCAAGCCGCUUCACAAACGCAGUGAAGGGAUUUCCCCCAUUUCUGAAGAAUGGACGUCGAACAAAGCCUUGUUCUCAUCUCGCCUGCCGCAACAUGUUUAGUCGGAGGUGCGAUUAAGAGCUGAUCCUCCUCAGUACAGUUCUUGGCCUCUUGUGGUAUGGUAGGGCUCAUGGCUAGGGAGGCAGCAGAGCAUUACGGCACGACUGAUCACAGCAGAGUAACGCAAGCCGCCUAGUCGUGGGGUCAAGGUUAAACCUCUCUCUAUCUUGUGCAGAUAUGGGCGGAUUGCACCUUGCUGCAUGUUCUGUGCUCUGCGCUUGCGCUUUCAUAUUCCUCUCCCGCAAGCUUCGCGGUUCCAAGCGUGACAAUCUACCUCCAGGCCCAGGUGGCAAUCGACUAUCUAUAGGGCCAUACGCAUAUCGUCGAUUCCAUGAGUGGUCGAAAGAAUAUGGACCUGUGUUCUCUUUGAAACAUGGUUCCAAGUUGAUUGUAGUAAUUGCUUCAUACCAGGCUGCCAUUGACAUAAUGCAAAAGCAUGGAUCCGAACUCGCUGAUAGGCCGAGAUCAGUUGCUGCCGGGGAGAUAUUUUCGGGUGACAUGCGAACGUUACUCGUAGGGGCCGGCGAGCGGCUGAAGAAGCUGCGUAGGGCUCUGCACUCACAGCUGCAGUCAACGACUGCUCAGCAAUAUGGAUCACUCCAAUAUCGCAAUGCGAAGAAUUACGUGCGGAACAUGCUGUCUGAUCCCGAACAUCAUCUCGAUCAUGGUAGGACAUAUGCGGCCAGCGUCAUCUUAGAGUUGACAUACAGCAAAACGACGCCAACAAAAUAUGCAGACAAGGAAGUCCAAGACGUGAUGAAGAAUGUUAACAGGAUGUUCGCUGCCCUUAAGAUUGGCGCAUACAUAGUUGAUACCUUCCCUUUUCUGAAAUACAUACCUCUUGGUGGCGUCUCGGAGCUGCGCCGGUUCCACAAGGAAGAAUUGGGAUUAUUCAAGAGUCAACUCAACUCGGCACGGGAAAAGCUGUCUCAGAGCAUCGCACAACCCAGUUUCGCAACAUACUUACUUGAGAAUCAGGGACAGUAUGACCUUUCAAACGACGAGCUUGCCUAUCUUGCGGGGUCAAUGUUUGGAGCAGGAUCAGAUACUGUUGGUUUCCUCGAACUGUUCUUGGCUUUGGGUUUGUUCAUCAUGGUCUAUAUCCAGACUGCCUCCGGACUUGGUAUUAUCACGAUGGCUGCUGCGACGCAUCCAGAAGAACUGAAGAAAGUUCAAUCACAAAUAGAUGCUGUUGUCGGACGCGAUAGACUCCCUAACUAUGAUGAUGAACCUUUGUUGAGUCGAGUGACAGCAUUUGUAUUGGAGGCUCAUCGUUGGAGGCCCAUCGCGCCUCAAGGGUUUGCCCAUCGCGCAAUGAAGGAUGUCAUUUGGGUGCGUCGCGUAUCCUGCCUACCACUGAUAUUCAUGACGUAUAUGAGACGCCAGAAAGAUGUUGUGAUUCCUAAAGGCGCUAUUGUCUACGGAAAUCACUGGUCGAUCAUGCAUGAUCCUGAAGUAUUCCCAGAACCAGAUUCAUUCCGGCCUGAUCAUUGGCUCAAUGAGGAAGGCGAAGUUCGUGAUGAUCUGAAGCACUUUGACUUCGGGUUUGGCCGCAGAGUGUGUCCCGGGCAAUAUGUUGCCGAACGAUCGUUGUUCAUCAACACUGCUUUAAUCUUUUGGGCGUUCAACAUUCAUGAGGACCCAAACUCUCCGAUCGACACUACGGCUUUCACGGACGCGUCUGUCGUACAUCCGCUGCCUUUCGCAGUCAAGAUUGUGCCCAGAAUAAAGAACCUCCGUGAACUGCUCGAUGCAGAUACGGAUUGAUAAUGACAUUUCCGAGUCAUAUGCUUAGUGUCUCGUUGCAUCGCGACCAUCGCAAAGCAUGUAUGUACUCUUAGCUCUACAAAGUCUUCGUUUGGUCUUUCUUCAUGCUUACUUGAUGUAUAACUAUAAAUGCAGACAUGGUUCUUUGAUUAACAUGUCAGCUCCAUUGAGGCACUACAUAGCCGCUCUGCUGUUGGGUAC